AUGAACGGCACCACUAAAGCUCCCGAUGCUUUCUCGGCCCCCAACCAGUCGCAGCUGACGCCCGAGUUGAUGCUGGGUCUGACGCCGCCGGAGCAAGUCCCUGCCCAUAAUGGUGCAGGGUGGGAAUUUCUCCAGGGGAUGAACAUCACCCUGCAGGGUCAUUGCGAGUGCCUGGGUAGACAAAUGCAGACCUGGAAGGGCUCGUACUCCCUUGACUCUCGCUGGGGUGCUCAGCAAAAGCUCGUUACGAACGCACAGCCAGGGCUGAAGAGGUCUGACUGGCGAUCACCUUUGUUGGAUCAGCCACAGCCCCAGUUCCCAGGCCAGGGUGCUAGCCAUCAACAGCCCGAGACUCAGCUGAAGGCACAAAUGAAGAUUGCUGGGGCGCAGCUUGAAGAGAAUAAGAAGAAGCGUAAACGUGAUGGGCAGCGCCGGAAGGACAGAAAGCUCGAACAUCGGCAGAAAGAGCAGCAGCAGCAGCAGCAGCAACAGCAACAGCAACAAGAAGAUGAACUGCUGCAACUGCUGCAACAACAACUGCUGCAAUACCAGCAGCUGCAACAACAAGAAUUUCAGGCCCAGCAGCUCCAGGCCCAGCAGCAGUCUCAACCACAGUCUCAGCUUCAGACCCUGUCCCAGUCCCAGCACCAGUCCCCCCCGUCUGCCCAGUCCCAGGGUGCAGACCACUGGAGCGACCUGGAUUGGCUCGUAAAUUCCAAUCUCGGGACCGCCGCCAUAGGACAAGGGCAGAUCGACCUGUUGUUCGACGAAAUGGAUGGGUCCGACAACACGCAACAAGAGCAAGCCCAGGCCUUCGACGAGAUGAUCAUGUCGAGCGUUCCUCCUCCCAACGUUGACGCUCCAGGGCCAUGGGUUCCUCCACCGCCUACAACCUUCGAGGAUGUGUAUCGCCAACAAGAUGAGGAAGAUGGCGUUGAACUCGGCCCUUAUUCUUCCAUGUUGCCUCGGGAGCAUUCAAUGAGCGGUCGUAGCUAA